AUGCCACACUCAGUACAUCCCACGCCGCGGGAGACUACUCCAGACCCAAAAGAUUUGUCCACUCGAUAUUGGAAUGCCAACCGGCCAAAAGACCGGUGGACAGAAGAAUGCCCUGAAUUCCUCAGGGGACAAAGCGAAAAGAACAUUGGUAUCCUAUCGAGAAAAGAUGAAGACUUUGAGAGAUUUACCUGGGCGCAGGUACAAGAUCUUGUCAGGACAAAUCGCAUACACCACUUCCAACGGUGCUCAAGUCACCUACGAGCAUAUUUGGAAUACACCUAUCAGCUUAAGACACGGUAUGGCUCGGUAUCGUCCUAUAUCCAGCAUGAGCGACUUCACUGGGAAAAUAUUACUCCAUCUGGGGAUCGACCAUUCAGCAAUCCCGCAGACUUCAAGAUCCUCUACAACGAUUGGCCAUACUUUCUGGAUGAGGAUAUCAAGCACCUUGUCGUGUGGACCAAGUUUCUCAUCGAUGAGGACGAAGCUACUGGAGAUGUGGCCGAGGGAGCAAAGGCAGAGAUUGAGGACUUUGUGACCAAGACAUUCUGCUCCCGUGAGACAGGACCGGGGGGGAAAGUGGAUAGAAAUCAAAUCAUGUGGUUCAAGAAUUGGAGGAGUUUAAAGAGCGUCCAUGCGUUAGAGCAUUUUCACAUCAUGCUUUAUAAAGCACCGGAAGAGCUGUUGGAGUCGGUAACAGGAGGAGAUCGACCAAGAUCGGAGAGCUGGACAGGGGCGGAUCCUUGA